AUGCGUUGGAUCCUCUGUGCCUGGUUAGCGGCGACGUUCUCCGGCCUCGCCCGCGGACAGUACGAAGACUCGUUUGUUUCAGGUUUUGAGCUCUCCCCGUCAGGCUACCAUGUGUGUUUAGGGAAUGAGACGGUACCUAUUACUAAAUUGGUUCCCUACCUGGUCCCUCACACCGAACUGAGACCGUGUGGUGGGUGGCUGCCGUGGAAAACAUGUAACGUCACGAUGUUCUCCACCGAGUUCCGAUCUGUAACCGUUGACACUAAGAAGGAGGUGAGAAAGUGCUGCGAGGGCUACGAGCAACUGGGUAGAUACUGCGCUCUGGCUCUUAACAGGAGUUCCGAGUUCACAUCCAAACCCGGAGUGUGUCCAGUGAAUCCUACUCCAGGACCAGGAUCAGGAUCAGUACCAGGAUCAGUACCAGGAUCAGGACCAGGAUUAGGACCAGGACCAGGUUUAGAUUGUGUGUGGGACGUGGACUGUCCAGGCUGGCAAAAAUGCUGCCAACAUAAAAACCACACACGCUGUGUCCACCCCGAUACACACGUGAACAUGAGCUCGUGGCUCAACGUGACCGUAAGAGUGAAGGCUGAGCACAGUUUGGUGACCACGCCCAAGGGAAUCUUCAACCACACCCACCUGCUGCACUCUGUGGUAACUGGAGCUCUGUGUUUACCUUCAGUCUCCGUCUAUCAGACGUCUAUCUCGUGGUCUUCAGGAUAUUUCUCCACGUCCUCGUCGUUACUGCUCGGCUCCUCUCAGCUCCUGUCUGUACUGGACGUCUCUAACAGACUCCAGCGUCUGGUGGAGACCAUAGAGGAGGUGACGGCGGUGGAUAUCAGGGAUGUGGACGAGUGCACUUUUCCGGUUUUGAGCGAGUGCUCCCCUCUGGCCUCCUGCACCAACACACUGGGUUCCUACACCUGCACAUGCAGCCCUGGAUCCACCGAUGUUUACCCCGGCAGACCAGGAACACAAUGCAUGAUUAUUCCUUCAGUCACCAACCUUCGGGCCCAUAACGUGACCGGAACCUCCUUCCAUCUGAUGUGGCAUGCUCCCCCCGAGACCAACCACACCUUCAACAUCAAGCUGAACGGCAAUAACGAGCAGCGUUUCUGGACGACGUUGUCUUCUCAUCAAGCGAUCGGGGAACUGCAGCCUGGGGUUCUUUACCUGGUCCAGGUGACUCUGUGUCUGUCCGGACACUGUGGAAAUAUAACAGAGCUGAAGGUGAAGACAGAUGCAACGACUCUUCAAGCGACCGCCCGAAUAACCAACAUGAACUUCACCGAUGAUCUGAGGGAUCCAAACAGCCAAGCGUACCAAGAUUUCGUACAGACUUUUAUAAAUCAGACGGUCAGUCACCUCCCUCCUGAUAUUCUAGAGCUGUUUCUUCAGAAGAAGGUGAACGUGAUGGUCACUGGUUUGUCUAAGGGAAGCAUCGUGGUCGAGUUCAUCCUAACUUUCGUGACGGACGUCCCGUCAGAAAGCUUAAACAUAGCCAAUGCACUGAUGGGCUCUCUGCAAAACAGCACACUGUACACCAUCGACAGCGCUAACAUAACAGAUGUGGACGAGUGUGUGUUGAACGAGGAUGACUGCUCCCCCUGGGCCGAAUGCAUCAACAUUUUCGGCUCUUACAACUGCAGCUGCCUCCUCGGUUACACUGACGCAAACCCUGCGAGGCCCGGACGCACCUGCCAAGUUAUCAUCCACACAGUCGCUAUGAACUCUACUGAAUCCAGCACGUCCACUCCAUCAACCACUCCAACGUCCACCCCUUCUAUCACUCCAACAUCCACACCUUCCACCACUCCAACGUCCACACCUUCCACCACUCCAACGUCCACACCUUCCACCACUCCAACAUCCACACCUUCCUCCACUCCAACGUCCAUCUCUUCCUCCACUCCAACGUCCACCUCUUCCUCCACUCCCUCUUCCUCCACACCAACAUCCUCCACCCACUCCCCUUUCUCCAUCAUCUCUCAAACGGAGGACAUCACGGUGGACUGUAAAUUUGACCUCAUUGCCGUAUCAGUGGCGAGAAGUUUUCUGCAAAACAAGAACAUUCCGGAGUCUUCCCUGUACCUGGGUCAGCCCAUCUGCAGCCAGUCAGGGGAGAACAGCACCCAUGUCCACUUCUGGGUUCAGUGGGGUCAGUGUGGAGCUAAGCUCAAUUUUAGUAACAGUGAGAUCAUGGUGUUCCAGGUGACUCUCUAUAAUAACAUCACAGCUCCAGGCAGUAGAGCUUUGGUGAGACUCGAGGUUCCUGUCUUCUGCACCUACCCCACCAAUGUCUUCAUCUCCAUGGGAUCCAAUCCCUCAGGGUAUUCUAUCAUGGACGGGCCGGUGACGGGAUAUGGGAUGUUUUACGUGAACGUGAGACUGCUGGACCAACAAUCGAACCCCCUGCCCGAGAACUACACCCUGUCCCCUGAUGAGGAGGUGAUCGUGGAGGUGGGGCUCAACACGUCCAACUCCUACACUAAAGUGGUGAUUAAUAAAUGCUGGGCCAAUCCCACCAACAACCCUAAUGAUGAACCUGCCCACGUCUUUGUUGAACAAAGCUGUCCGGUUCGCAAUGCGUACACCACCAUGCUGCAGAAUGGGAACUCCAGCAGCUCUCUGGUCUCUGUGAACCUUUUUCAGCUGGUGGAUAUGCUGCAGAUUAUAUACCUUCACUGUCAGAUCCAGAUCUGCAUCGAGACUCAGGCAGCUUCAUGCCAGCCUUCUUGUGCUGUUACUCCACCGGUAACAAGCAGUCCCAGAGUCGCUAAUGUGAUCGGGAUGACCAAAACUUCUUGUGGACCGUUACUGAAAUCACACAGCAAAGACCCAGCGGAGGCUUCAGUAACAAACACCGGCUACAUCCUGCUGGUUCUGGGUCUGUGUGUGCUGGUGCUAGUCAGUGCUGCGGCGCUGGUUCUGUGGUACAGACGCAGGAUGGGAACCUACAGCUUCAAGUUCAAACCUCGGCAGGAGGACUUCACCUACAAGGUCUUCAGCACCUGAUAGUCCAUCUUUCAUGCUUUUAUUCCUAAAUUCUGCUAUUUUUAAUACUCGUCAUGUUUAUUUUUUGUAGAAAUGUAUAUUUAUAAAAAAUUAAACUGUAGCCUGGUGUCUGAAUAAUCGCAUUACUAUUGCUAAGCAAUAUACAUAUAUAUAGGUAUAUAUUUACAUUAAAAAUGCUUUUUACUUUUAAUAUAAUUUAUAUCAAUAAUCUACUUUAUUUUCUGAUGAUGUUCUGAAGAUUGUGUGAGUCCUGCUGUGUAGUUUGUGCUGGUAACCACAUCCAUAAAGCUCAGCUCUUUGUUUAUGCUCGUUAUGUACUUACUUAUUUAAUCCACAUUAUAUUAAACAAUGAUGCAUUUAUCUCAUGUCUGCACAUCCAUAAAU